CUUUGCUUAGGAAUCCCAAACAGUCGCUGCAACUUGGAAUUGGCAGCUCUCCCACGCUUGACUACGGAACCCAAUGGCGGCGGCAAGAGCACCAGGAAUUGUAAUUUCACGGCCGGUCACUUUCGUGACAGGGAAUGCCAAGAAGCUUGAGGAAGUCAAAGCCAUCUUGGGCCAGUCCAUUCCCUUCCAGUCGCUCAAGCUUGACUUGCCUGAAUUGCAAGGCGAACCUGAAGAUAUCUCCAAAGAGAAGGCUCGUUUGGCUGCUAUUCAGGUGAAUGGGCCGGUGCUGGUGGAAGAUACUUGCCUCUGCUUCAAUGCCUUAAAGGGUCUUCCCGGGCCUUACAUCAAGUGGUUCCUGCAGAAGAUUGGUCAUGAAGGUUUGAACAACUUGUUGAUGGCAUAUGAAGAUAAAUCAGCUUAUGCAUUGUGUGGAUUUGCUUUUGCUCUUGGACCCAAUGUUGAGCCUAUUACAUUCCUAGGAAAAACUCCGGGAAAGAUAGUUCCUCCUAGAGGACCCAAUGAUUUUGGUUGGGAUCCAAUCUUUCAGCCUGAUGGUUACGAGAUAACAUAUGCAGAGAUGCCAAAAGAAGAGAAGAAUAAGAUUUCACAUCGUUUCAAGGCUCUUGCUAUGGUAAAAGCCCACUUUGCCGAAGCAGGAUAUACUUUCCAGAUAGACACCUCUAUAUAAAAGUAAGCUAUAGGACAGACAGCCAAAAUCAUUUCCUUGUAGUAUUAAAUGUUCUUUAUCCCCAUAAUCCUGUUGUGAUUGGGGCAAUAGAUGAAAGGAGACCUUCACAAUA